GUUAUCCUCUAAUCUGGCUUCACAAUACUCAUUACCUGCAUAUGGCCAGAAACGUUACUAGACCUGACCUAAACUACAUUACAGUUAUAUUUUCUGGCGAGGUGGGACGUCGUUUCCGUGCAACAUAAAAUGCUGCUGAGAUGAAGAAGACGUGAUCGCAGGCAGGUGUUGUGAUCAGGAGCAGCGGGCAGGACUGCAGGUAUGGACACCUGGACACCCAACCCGAGAGCCAAACCCUUCAUCCCCCGCCAGCAGCGCAGUCUCUACCUCACCUGGAAAUACAGACUCACCAACAAACGAGCAGUGCGACGAAUCUGCCAGGCCAGUGCUGUCCUGUUUCUACUGAUCACAGUGAUUGUGAAUAUCAAACUCAUUCUAGACACAAGGAGAGUUGCCAGUGAGGAUGAUGCAGCUCAAGAGUAUGAUGAUGCCCUGCCUAACAUGGAAACCCCGCGCAGACCAGCGAGUGGGAGGAAGGUUCUGGAUAUUGAGGUGUACUCUAGUCGAUCCAAGGUUUAUGUAGCAGUGGAUGGCACCACUGUUCUGGAAGAUGAGAUGAGGGAGCAGGGCCGAGGUGUACAUGUUAUAGUUCUAAAUCAGGCAACUGGUCACGUCAUGGCCAAAAGAGUGUUCGAUACUUAUUCUCCCCAUGAGGAUGAAGCCAUGAUCCUCUUCCUCAACAUGGUCACACGUGGCAGAAUCCUCAUCUUCACUAUUAAGGAUGAGGGGACUUUCCAUUUGAAGGAUGCAGCGAAGAAUCUUCUGAAAGGUUUGGGGAGUCAGGUAGCUGUCACCUUAGGCUGGAGGGAUAUGUGGACUCUGGUUGUAAAGAAGGGAGGUCAAGUGUAUGGGGAGAAGCACUCCAAGUCUCCUGCUCUGUCUACAUGGGGCGAUCCUGUGCUGCUGAAGACUGAGGUCCAGCUGACAGCUUCUGAAGAGGCAGAGUGCCAUUGGGCUGACACUGAGCUGAACCGCCGGAGAAAACUCUUCUGCAGUAAAGUGGAGGGAUAUGGAAGCAUUUGUAGUUGCAAGGAUCCAGCACCCAUAGAGUUUAAUCCUGACCUACUGCCUAACAACAAUGUCUACAACGUCCCAGUAGCAGUUAUAGCUGGAAAUAGACCGAACUAUCUCUAUAGAAUGCUGCGCUCUCUUCUUUCCUCCCAUGGUGUCAAUCCACAGAUGAUCACUGUUUUUAUCGAUGGCUACUAUGAGGAACCCAUGGAUGUGGUGGAUCUCUUCGGUCUUAAAGGAGUUCAGCAUACGCCUAUCAGUAUUAAGAACGCUAGAGUGUCACAGCACUACAAAGCCAGCUUGACUGCAACUUUCAAUCUGCAUCCAGAUGCAGAUUUUGCCAUUGUCUUGGAGGAAGACCUGGAUAUUUCCAUAGAUUUUUUCAGCUUCCUCAGUCAGACCAUCCAUUUGUUGCAGGAGGAUGACAGUCUGUACUGUAUCUCAGCCUGGAAUGACCAAGGCUAUGAGCACACAGCGGAGGACCCGUCUCUGUUGUACAGAGUGGAAAGUAUGCCUGGCCUUGGCUGGGUGCUUAAAAAAAGCCUUUACAAAGAUGAACUGGAGCCCAAAUGGCCAACUCCUGAGAAGCUAUGGGAUUGGGACAUGUGGAUGCGAAUGCCGGAACAGAGGAAGGGGAGAGAGUGUGUCAUUCCUGAUGUCUCCCGCUCUUAUCACUUUGGCAUCGUUGGGUUAAACAUGAAUGGAUACUUCCAUGAAGUUUACUUUAAAAAGCACAAGUUCAACACUAUUCCGAAUGUUCAGAUGAAAAAUGUAGAUAGCUUGAAGAAAGAUGCAUAUGAGAUUGAAAUCCAAAAACUACUACGUGAAGCUGAGGUUCUGGACCACAGUAAAAACCCAUGUGAGGACUCCUUUAUCCCAGACACUGAGGGAAAGACCUUUGUAAUGUUCAUUAAAAUGGAGCAAGAUACAGAUACAAACACCUGGACAGAACUGGCAAAGUGCCUGCACGUAUGGGACCUGGAUGUACGAGGUUAUCAUAAAGGACUCUGGAGGCUCUUCAGAAAGAAGAACCAUGUACUAGUAGUGGCUGUUCCAAUCUCACCAUACUCUGUUAAGAAGCCCAAUAACGUCAGUCCCAUUCACUUGGAGCCAGCACCUAAAGAGGAGGGACCUCCUGUGGAACAGAUUUAGAACAGUUGUAAUCCCACCCAAAGGCCCUUUCCUAACCACUAACAGACAAGGCCUAUGUCAGGCUGAUAAUGGGCCUUGUGUUACUCUUCAGGCCGUUGCAAGACAAAGGGGAUGAUCCUGACUAAACCGUCCUGUGCCGGUAGCCUCUAGGAACUGCAGGAUUUUUUAAAAACUAGAACAAUAUGAGUGUGGAUUUCAAAAAAGGGUGUGACGUUCACGUUUUGUUGGUAUGUAUUUUACAGUUUGAGCUUUUCCUGAGGUCAUGAAACUUCAUAUGUGUUUAUGCUGGAAGGUCUGACUUUAGAAAAGAACUGAUAGAUGUUUUAAAGUAUUAUUGGUACUGUAAUAAACGCCAGUGCUGGUUUGAGUUACUGAAUUGUGACAGCAGAUAACAUCUAACCAGGACACUGCAAAAAAGGGAUAAAGAGAAUAUGGCAGACAUAAGAGACUUUUUUUAACACUACUGAGUGCUUUGGGCCGUCCUGCACAUGCCGUUUUAACUUAUGUCUAUUUAUUUUGUCAAUAUUAAAAUAACUAGGUUUAUUUUUACUUCAUGGAUUGACUUUUUCACAAGAAAAAAUGCAUUAAGAAACAAAAGGCUUAAAUUUGUUUACAAAUUAAACUAUACAGACGUAUAUAUUUUUAGAAUGAAAUAUUAUCAUAUUUUUUAGUACUUUUAUUGGUUCUUUAGUGGCACAGGCAGGAUACCUUAACUACAUGUAUUGGACUGCACAGGCAAAAAAAUUUGCUUUAAACAUGACGUGAUUUUUUUUUUUUUUAUGUUGUGCUUUUGAUGGCCCUCCAGCAACAGCUUUAAGAAUCUUCUUUCCCAGAGAACGACAGGUGAUGCUGCUUAGGUGAGAUCUAUGUGUUCACACAGCCACUAAAGAGCCUUAUAAGAGUAGAAUGGAGGAUUAACGCUGGAAAUCAAUGCCGUCUCAGCUGAAUCGUGGAUCUGCCUUGUGUUAACGUGAGUUACUGUGUGUGAAGAUACUGGUGAAAAAUUGAUUUCUCACGCAAUAAUGGCCAAAUCAUUUCAUGGAGGAGAUUGCAGAGUCGAUUGUUGUGGGUUCCAGGGUUUCACUGAUCAGUACUGAUAUUGCUAGACAUUUGAUUUGUGCUGCCACUAAACAUUUUCAUAGUAUCUGGAACAUGUGCAAUACCAUAAAAGAAAUGUUUCUCAACUCAACAUAUUAUUUUGUACUCAAGUUUGCAGAGAUUGUGUCUGAUAUGUUAACCAGAUUCUUCAACAGUUUUGUAUAUCUAAGUAGUAGUUAAAAAUAAUUGGUUUUCUUAUAUAAAAUAAAACCGUUUUCUUACUUUG